AUGGAUUCUUUAGUGUUACAAUAAGAAUAUAACAACAGUAGUAUAAAUAAUGAUAAUGAUUAAAAAUAGCUCCAUUAAAUAAGUCGUUUUGUAUUUUACUUUAUGAUUUUCCAUGCUUCAUUCACUAAUGUACUCAUGGCCUACCAUAUAGGCCUAUUUAACAACUUAUCCGACCAUCUAGAUUACAUAUAUUCCUGGAAUUUAGAAUAAAAAAUUCUUUAUAUAUCUUUAAUAAACUCUUUACCACAAUUUGUAGCUGCAAUAAUAGCUUUAUUUGGCGGUAAAUGGGCCCAAAAACAUGGUAGGAGAAAACUUUUGAUAAUUUUUAAUUAUAUAUCUGUAUUAGGGACUGGAGUAACAUUAAUAAAGCACACAUAUGCCUUAGUUGCUGGACGUAUUAUAAUAGGAUUUAGUUUUGGUAUAUGGAGUACAAUUGGUCCUUUAUACACCUUAGAAGUCGCCUGUAAAAAAUACAAAGGAAUAAGUGGGGUAAUAUACUCUAUAUUUUUUUGCCUAGGAAUUGCUUUUUCCUAUAUAGCAAGUUAUGGCUUACCUUCUGACCCAAAACAAAGCCAAAAAAAUAAUUUUUGGCGAAUAAUAUUAGGCAUUCCUGCAGUUUUAGACUAAAAUGAGGCUAGAAAGACUCUUGAGAAAUACUACUAGCAAGAUAUAGUUGAUUUUUCCAAGUGA